CAGAGUCUCAGUGUCUUCGCUGACGUUCCUUUGAUGUGCUCCCAAAUCUUUCUGAGAACAUCGCCCUGGACCCCUGAUGCGACUGCCCGAGCAACCCGGAGAGGGGAAGCCCGAAAAUGAGAAAAAGGGGAAGCAAGGAGCCCCCGGAGGGGGAGAGGAGCCGCCCAGGAGCCAGGCACCCGACUUCCCCACCUGGGAAAAGAUGCCGUUCCACCAUGUGACCGCUGGUUUGUUGUACAAGGGGAAUUAUCUCAACCGGUCGCUCUCUGCUGGCAGUGACAGCGAGCAGUUGGCUAAUAUCUCCGUGGAGGAGCUUGACGAAAUCCGAGAGGCCUUUCGUGUUCUGGACCGAGAUGGGAAUGGCUUCAUCUCCAAGCAGGAGUUGGGCAUGGCCAUGCGCUCUUUGGGGUAUAUGCCGAGUGAAGUGGAGCUGGCCAUCAUCAUGCAGCGCUUGGACAUGGACG